AUGCCAGGAGCCUUAUUGCCUCCUAGAUCGCAGCGAUAUCACGCACAGAUGGAGCGAACAUCAGCGGCAGAGCCAGAUCUCUACCUGAUCUCUAAUGAGGACACCAUCUAUGAGCAAGAUUUGUUGCGAGAUCCUGGCAGUAUCAAGCCAUGGCUGUCCUAUAUCGAGUACAAGCGCCAAAAUGGGACGCUUUAUGAGCAGUCUUUUAUUAUGGAGCGCGCCUGCAAGGAACUACCCCGAUCUUACAAAUUGUGGAAAAUGUAUCUAGAGUUCAGGAUUAACCAUCUCCGUGGUCGCAAUCCUGCCAUACAUCGUGCGGAAUAUCAGAAAGUGAAUGCGCUAUUCGAACGAGCCCUUGUGCUUCUCAACAAGAUGCCGCGGAUAUGGGAGAUGUUUCUCUCUUUCCUGCUGAAGCAGCCCCUCGUCACUUAUACUCGUCGCUCCUUUGAUCGCGCUCUCCGUGCCUUGCCAAUCACCCAGCACAACCGUAUCUGGAAGCUCUUCAAGUCGUUUGCCAGCUCCGUUUCCGGAUUGACUGCAGUGCAAAUAUGGCGGAGGUACAUGCAAGUUCACCCUGAAAACGCGGAGGACUACAUAGAUCUGCUUGUGGACCAGGGACAUUUCACUUCAGCCAUCAAGAAGUACAUGGAAAUUCUUAAUGAUUCAGGUUUUCAGUCAAAGCAAGGAAAAAGCCAUUUCCAACUAUGGACUGAGAUGGUUGAGCUUCUAGUGAACAAGGCAAAGUACAUUGAUACGCAGGGAAGCGGAGGAAUUGACGUUAACGCCAUCAUUCGGAGCGGUACUCUUCGAUUCCCUGACCAACGAGGCAGACUAUGGGUGGGUCUAGCAACGUACUGGAUCACUAAGGGCAACUUCGAGAAAGCUAGAGAUAUCUUUGAAGAGGGUAUAACUAGCGUCAUGACCGUCCGGGACUUCACCAUGAUCUUUGACUCUUAUGUCGAAUUCGAGGAGUCUAUAACUGGAACACUCAUGGACCAGGCGGCGGCUCGUUUGAAGAAAGGCAAGGUUGACGAAGAUGCAGACUUCGAUCUUGAUCUGCGUCUGUUGAGGUUCGAACAGUUGAUGGAUAGGCGCCCUUUCCUUGUGAAUGAUGUUCUCCUCCGACAGAAUCCGAACAACGUUGUGGAAUGGGAGAAGCGAGUGGGACUGUGGAGAGACAAUGCCACCGAAGUCGUCAAUACUUACACCGCUGCCAUAGCUGCUAUCAAUCCCAAGAAGGCUCAUGGAAAGUUUCAUGAACUAUGGGUUAACUACGCGAAAUUCUAUGAGAAGGGAGGAGAUAUCGGUACAGCACGAAUCAUCUUUGACAAGGCGGUUAAAGUGCCUUUCAAGACAGUAGCAGAAUUGGCGGAGACUUGGUGUGAAUGGGCCGAGAUGGAACUUCGUAAUGAGAAUUUCGAUAGAGCUGUCAGUAUCAUGGCUAAAGCAACCCAAGCUCCGAAGCGGUCAACAGUGGACUAUUUUGACGAAACUCUAUCGCCUCAGCAACGUGUACACAAGAGCUGGAAACUUUGGAGUUUCUAUGUGGACCUUGUUGAGAGUGUUGGCACUCUUGAUGAAACUAGGAAGAUCUACGAUCGGAUCUUCGAGCUUCGAAUCGCUACACCACAGACCGUUGUCAACUACGCCAAUCUUUUGGAAGAAAACAAGUACUUUGAGGAGUCAUACAAAGUGUACGAGCGUGGACUGGACUUGUUCAGUUACCCUGUGGCAUUCGAGCUUUGGAACUUGUACCUAACGAAAGCGGUGGAUCGAAAGAUGAGUAUUGAACGGCUCCGGGAUCUUUUCGAACAAGCACUGGAUGGUUGUCCUCCUAAAUUCGCCAAGGUCUUGUACCUCAUGUAUGGCAACUUAGAAGAAGAGCGUGGUCUUGCCAGACACGCUAUGCGUAUCUAUGAACGUGCCACUCGAGCAGUAUCGGACGAAGAUCGAUUCGAAAUGUUCAAUUUCUACAUAACUAAAUCCGCAUCCAACUUUGGUUUGACAUCGACCCGCCCGAUCUACGAACGUGCCAUUGCUGCAUUGCCGGACAGCGAAGCCAAGGAUAUGUGUUUGAAGUUUGCUGAGAUGGAACGACGUCUUGGAGAGAUUGAUCGUGCACGUGCUAUCUAUGGCCAUGCCUCCCAAUUCUGCGACCCGCGCACCAAUGCAGGCUUCUGGCAGAAAUGGGAAGCAUUCGAAGUGCAGCACGGUAACGAAGAUACCUUCAAGGAGAUGUUACGAAUCAAGCGAAGUGUCCAAGCUCAGUACAACACGGACGUCAACUUCAUCGCUUCCCAGGCUAUCGCCCGCAGUCAGCAACAGCGCGCACAGAAUGGCGAGACAGACGGUAAGGGAGAAAGAGAAGAAGAAGAUCAAGAACGUGCAGAUGCAAUGGCAGCAUUGGAACGUCAAGCUCGAGCCCCCGUCGGCUUCGUCGCUGCCAGCACCGGACCAGAAGGUGGGAACCGGCCUUCGGCUGCGGCUACUACUGCGCCACCAGCAAACGUUAAUCCGGAUGCUAUUGAUCUCAAUGAUGACGAGGAUAUGGAAGACUAGCCGUUUCUUCUAGAAGCGAGCUUUGUCUUGUAAAACAGUACCAU